CACAAUACUCUGACAAGAGUGACGUAAGAAUAGAUCAGCUCUGCGUGUAUCUGAACUCCUGAAAGGGGCAAUUUGAUAGCUUAUCUCCCGCCGCCUGUUGCUCUCUUCUCUUUACAAUGUUCGUGACUAAGUUAGCUCCGCCAACGUGAAAUAUAAUCGCGCGACGACGUAAACGCAACACAGGGGUCGAGAAUGGCACGAAAACGUCAGACAGGCCGUAAAUCACUUACAUACAGACAGAUGCUCAAUGGCAUUUGUAAACAAGAAAAUUGAUGAUAGCACUCUCAGCUAUUCUAUCCACUAGAAGCUCAAAUAAUAAUAGCGUGUAGGACGUAUAACGAGAAGAAACGCUAAAAGUACCGUUAGUUGUGUGCAAGACCCAGGGGAUGUUUGAUUCGUCGUUUACUCUCGAGGUUGAAAGAUCUAUUAACCGCGCGAUGUCCUUCUCGAUGUUAGGAAUAUCUGGUUCUUACAGGCCUCUCAACUCGGGCCCUGCUCUCGUGACAAAAACCGUCAACAAAGCCGAAGAAGUUCAGACACAUGACGAUAGCGAAAGUCGAACGGACAAAGCACUCGACUCAAGCAAAAAUGUUGAAGCGGAUCAAAAUAAUCAAGCGCAACAAGCGCUAACCACAACAACAGCUAAUGCCACAAAUACAGAUACACGCGCUGUAACCAGAACAGACGGAACUGAUGUCAGCAGUAAUGCUAGCGGAAAGGAUGACGUCACAACUACGGAUGACGUCACGGGUGGCACAAAUGCUGGUGACAUGCCUGCCAUGUUGGACUACUUAGACGAGAAUGUUAUUGGCGGAGACACGUUGUUUGAAGGGCCGUAUGGGCAGAAAAAAGUAAUCUAUUGUGACUACACUGCCUCAGGAAGGCCACUCCGUUUUAUCGAGGACUACAUACGGGACUAUGUAUACCCGUUGUACGCGAAUACGCACACUACUACCACGACCACCUCCCGACAGACGACGCACUUUAGACAUGAAGCAAGGGAGAUUAUCAAGGAGUGUGUGAACGCUACGGACGACGACGUGGUAAUUUUUACAGGAAGCGGAACAACAGGCGCCAUUCAUAAGCUUAUCCACGCCCUAGAGAUGGGAGGAGACAAGGCAAAAACAACGGUAGUUUUUGUUGGACCGUUUGAGCAUCAUUCCAAUAUUCUGCCAUGGAAAGAAAGUGGUGCGAAGAUCGUACGUAUACGUGACACAAAGCAAGGAACCGUGGAUCAGGAUAUGUUAGAGACAAAUUUGAAGUAUUAUAGUCGUCGUGGUAUGCACAUGCUAGCUGCGUUCUCGGCUGCGUCUAACGUGACGGGGAUCAUGACUGAUACUGUCCUGAUCGCGGAGCUGUGCCAUCGAUACGGGGCUUUGUCAUUCUGGGACUACGCGACCGCCGCGCCUUACCUCAAGAUAGACAUGAACGCGUCAAAGCUAGGGUAUAAAGACGCCGUUUUCCUGUCUCCUCACAAAUUCGCGGGGGGUCCCGGAACGCCUGGUGUGCUGAUAGCUAAGAAGAGUCUGUUCACGAACCCUAUCCCAGGGGGCUGCGGGGGCGGAACUGUGUUAUUUGUAACCCGUGACACCCAUCUGUACCUACAAGAUAUCGAGUCACGUGAGGAAGGUGGCACGCCCGCUAUUGUCGAGUCCAUACGCGCGGGACUGGUCUUUCAGCUAAAGGAGUCCAUUGGAUCAGACUUGAUCGAAGCACGAGAGGAAGAGUUGUGCAGAAAAGCGUUCAAGAUCUGGAAAGCGAACCCAAACAUCUCCAUCCUCGGAAGCAGCUCUGCGCGACGCCUUCCAAUCUUCUCGUUCCUCGUGUACCAUCCCGACAGCGGCAAACUGCUGCAUCAUAACUUCGUCUCAGUGCUCUUGAAUGACCUCUACGGCAUCCAGGCGAGAGGUGGCUGUGCAUGCGCUGGACCUUAUGCUCAGGACCUCCUGGGGAUAGACGAGUCAGUGGCGCAAAAAUUCACCUGGUUCCUUGAGAGUCACGAAAGUGACGAUGGCGAGGUACAUUGUAAAGAGCCAUUGGAAAUAAUGAAGCCAGGCUUUGCUCGGCUUAACCUGCCGUUCUUCAUGGAUGACGAAACAGUCCACUUCGUGUUGGAAGCUGUAGACAUGGUCGCUACACACGGGUGGAAAUUACUGCCACAGUACCGAUUUGAUCCACAUACUGGCGCCUGGGAAAAUCGUCAAUUUGCGCAGGAAAAGAGCAAAGCGAUUUACAGCUUACGUGACAUCAACUACUCGAGAAGCUCAGCACAAGUGAGCAAGCCUCGUCCUGUUGACUUCGAGGGCUCCCUUGAUGAAAUCGCCCAGGCCGCGUUCAAGGUUUUCAACAGUGCUGAAGAAGUGAACAAUGAGAUCUCGACAGCAGAAGACGAGGUGAUUGAGUUCCCCGGAGAAGCCAACAAGCUCGUGUGGUUCCUCCAGCCUCGAGACGCUCAGCUCCACUUGGCGACGGCAUCGCUGAAGCACAAGCCAUUCCGUCGCACUACUCUCCCGUUCAUCCCGCGGAGGACAACGAAAAGACGCUCACGGGACUUUGAGAAGGUCCAGUACUAUCGCGAGAAAUACAGCCAGCCCACUAUCCAGGAAGUAGAGGAGGAAGACGGUAGAACCCCUCGUCGGGAUCCAAUUGGAGCAUCCGCAUCACAACAAUUCGAGGCGCAAGACAUCACCCAAGAACCCCAGAAAGACGCACAGAGGAAUCAAAACAACAAUAUCGAACAGUCACCAGAAAAACCGGUUGACAGCAAGCAUGCUAGAAUGUUUUCGAGGAAAAAGGACUACAGACUGACUAGCAAGUCUGCCCCUACAAAGACGCACGGUCAGAAGUGCACAAUUUCUUGAAGGGCCGACUGGCAUUAGUCAUGUAGACGAUAAAAUCUUUGGAUUUAAAAAAAUAAUAGUGUGAUGAGAUAGUAUUCUACACACAGUCUUAAUAAAAUUAUCCACUUAAUUUAUUCAUAACUUAUUCAAUCCGCAUGAAGUUGUUCUUUAGUUUUUGUCUGAAACAAAUCAAGUCAGAAAUAUAUGGCGUUAUAAAUUUUUAUUCACAUUAUAUUUUGCAAUGUAUAUACCAAAAUUAUAUUUUUUCGGAUAUGUUUGGAUAUUUUUUUAAUGCUUUAAUUGUUAUUUCCGUCGCUGCUAAUUUUUAUUCUUUUAAACCUUAUCAAUUUCAUUAUACUGUUUUUCAUUUAGUUAUAUUUUUGGACUAUCAGUUAAAUUAAUUUUAUAGCGGCGGGUUCAGUGUUGGUACUGUGGCUCAAGCAGAACCGACUUUGAUGUAGAUUUUAACAUGAACCACCGCCACUGCGUACAAAGCAUUGAAACUUUAGUGGUGUCCUUACAGCUCGAUAUUGUAAGGCCAUCAAUAAUGAUAACUCAUAAUAACUUUGAUAAAAGCGGACUCAACGAGCCUUCUAAUCGACUUAAUAAGCGUAAAAUCAAGUAUAAAAAAGUGACAAUAAAUAGAGAAAAAUAUAUGCUAUAUCAAAAUAAUGAGUAAAUCUUUUGAGUUUAUUCCGCCGGAAAAGUGAGAAGAGGGGAAAGAAGCUGGGUGGAGGGACUAUUGAAAGGCGGGCGAGGAAAGGAGAGGCAUGGAGGCGGCUCAGAGGGGGAGGAGAGAGGGAUCUGCUGGGUCUGUCAGGCCCUUAUUAUUAUUCCCUUUGAAGCAAAAAAAAAAAACGGUAGCUUUGUACCCUUUUCCAGCUUUUGCAAAUUAAUAUCGCUUCUGGUCCAAAGUCUGGACAACAUUGAAAAUGAGGGUUUACAUCGCAAAAUCACACAUGAAGUAUAUCACUAUAGUGUCAUGACCGCUGACUGGCUGAUAAGCGAGUGGAGUAUCAUUUAUCACAGACUUACGUUACGGGAGUUGUGGCAGCCUGGGGUCAGCCCCCAUGAAUUUUGCAUCUUUGUCAAUGAAUUAAUAGUCGACAUCGAGCAGUUCAAACAUGGCGGCCGCACCACAAAACACCGCGCAAGAGCUCAUCCAAAAGUUAAACCUCGAACCACAUCCUUUGGAAGGGGGUCAUUACACUGUGAGCUAUGUAUCAAAGCUUGAGGUUAAGCCUUUAGACGCCACGAGAAGAGAUAGGAGGAGCUGCUUCUCAUUUAUAUACUUCCUGAUACAAAACAACAACCAUAUCCCAUGGCAUAAACUGAGCUCAGAUGAAAUGUUCAGUUACCAUAGAGGUUGUCCCCUGAGGCUAUACACGCUAAGGGAAGAUGGUUCUUUUGAGAGUACAGUUGUCGGGGAUCCACUUGUUGAUCCACAAGCGCACUAUGUUGCUGUAAUACCUGCGAACACCUGGUUUGCGGGAGAGUUAAUGCGUAGGAAGCAUUCUUAUUGUCUGUGUAGUGUGUCUGUUUCACCAGGGUUUGUUGACGCGGACUGUGAGUUUGCGGACGUUUCUAAGUUAGCGGAACAGUUUCCUCAGCAAAGCGAGAUAAUUCGAAAAUUUCCUGCUGGACCUUUAAAAAUUUGAAAGAUUUUGAAUAAAUGUAAAAAAUAUGGCA